AUGAGAUCGAAAGACUUCAGACCGAAAGACUUCAGACCGACAGACUUCAGACCGACAGACUUCAGACCGACAGACUUCAGACCGACAGACUUCAGACCGACAGACUUCAGACCGAAAGACUUCAGACCGACAGACUUCAGACCGACAGACUUCGGACCGACAGACCUCAGACCGACAGACUUCAGACCGACAGACUUCAAACCGAAAGACUUCGGACCGACAGACUUCGGACCGACAGACCUCAGACCGACAGACUUCAGACCGACAGACUUCAGACCGACAGACUUCAGACCGACAGACUUCAGACCGACAGACUUCAGACCGAAAGACUUCAGACCGACAGACUUCGGACCGACAGACCUCAGACCGACAGACUUCAGACCGACAGACUUCAAACCGAAAGACUUCGGACCGACAGACUUCGGACCGACAGACCUCAGACCGACAGACUUCAGACCGACAGACCUCAGACCGACAGACUUCAGACCGACAGACUUCAGACCGACAGACUUCAGACCGACAGACUUCAGACCGACAGACUUCAGACCGACAGACUUCAGACCGACAGACUUCAGACCGACAGACCUCAGACCGACAGACUUCAGACCGACAGACUUCGGACCGACAGACUUCAGACCGACAGACUUCAGACCGACAGACCUCAGACCGACAGACCGACAGACCUCAGACCGACAGACUUCAGACCGACAGACUUCGGACAGACAGACUUCGGACCGACAGACUUCGGACAGACAGACUUCAGACCGACAGACCUCAGACCGACAGACUUCAGACCGACAGACUUCAGACUUCGGACCGACAGACUUCGGACCGACAGACUUCAGACCGACAGACUUCAGACCGACAGACCUCAGACCGACAGACUUCAGACCGACAGACUUCAGACUUCGGACCGACAGACUUCGGACCGACAGACUUCAGACCGACAGACUUCAGACCGAAAGACUUCAGACCGACAGACCUCAGACCGACAGACUUCAGACCGACAGACUUCAGACUUCAGACCGACAGACUUCAGACUUCGGACCGACAGACUUCGGACAGACAGACUUCAGACCGACAGACCUCAGACCGACAGACUUCAGACCGACAGACUUCAGACUUCGGACCGACAGACUUCGGACCGACAGACUUCAGACCGACAGACUUCAGACCGAAAGACUUCAGACCGACAGACCUCAGACCGACAGACUUCAGACCGACAGACUUCAGACUUCAGACCGACAGACUUCGGACCGACAGACUUCAGACCGACAGACUUCAGACCGAAAGACUUCAGACCGACAGACCUCAGACCGACAGACUUCAGACCGACAGACUUCAGACUUCAGACCGACAGACUUCGGACCGACAGACUUCAGACCGACAGACUUCAGACCGAAAGACUUCAGACCGACAGACUUCAGACCGACAGACUUCAGACUUCGGACCGACAGACUUCGGACCGACAGACUUCAGACCGACAGACCUCAGACCGACAGACUUCAGACCGACAGACUUCAGACUUCGGACCGACAGACUUCGGACCGACAGACUUCAGACCGACAGACUUCAGACCGAAAGACUUCAGACCGACAGACCUCAGACCGACAGACUUCAGACCGACAGACUUCAGACCGACAGACUUCAGACUUCGGACCGACAGACUUCGGACCGACAGACUUCAGACCGACAGACUUCAGACCGAAAGACUUCAGACCGACAGACCUCAGACCGACAGACUUCAGACCGACAGACUUCAGACUUCAGACCGACAGACUUCGGACCGACAGACUUCAGACCGACAGACUUCAGACCGAAAGACUUCAGACCGACAGACCUCAGACCGACAGACUUCAGACCGACAGACUUCAGACUUCAGACCGACAGACUUCGGACCGACAGACUUCACCGACAGACUUCAGACCGAAAGACUUCAGACCGACAGACCUCAGACCGACAGACUUCAGACCGACAGACUUCAGACCGACAGACCUCAAACUGACCUCAGACCGACAAACUUCAGACCGACAGACUUCAGACCGACAGACUUCAAACCGAAAGACUUCAGACCGACAGACCUCAGACCAACAGACUUCAGACCGACAGACUUCAGACCGACAGACCUCAGACCGACAGACUUCAGACCGACAGACUUCAAACCGAAAGACUUCAGACCGACAGACCUCAGACCAACAGACUUCAGACCGACAGACUUCAGACCGACAGACCUCAGACCGACAGACUUCAGACCGACAGACUUCAAACCGAAAGACUUCAGACCGACAGACCUCAGACCAACAGACUUCAGACCGACAGACUUCAGACCGACAGACUUCAGACCGACAGACUUCGGACAGACAGACUUCGGACAGACAGACUUCAGACCGACAGACUUCAGACCGACAGACUUCAGACCGACAGACCGACAGACCUCAGACCGACAGACUUCAGACCGACAGACUUCGGGCCGACAGACUUCGGACCGACAGACUUCAGACCGACAGACUUCAGACCGACAGACCUCAGACUGACAGACUUCAGACCGACAGACUUCAGACUUCAGACCGACAGACUUCGGACCGACAGACUUCAGACCGACAGACCGACAGACCUCAGGCCGACAGACUUCAGACCGACAGACCGACAGACCUCAGACCGACAGACUUCAGACCGACAGACUUCGGGCCGACAGACUUCGGACCGACAGACUUCAGACCGACAGACUUCAGACCGACAGACCUCAAACUGACAGACUUCAGACCGACAGACCUUACACCAACAGACUUCAGACCGACAGACUUCAGACCGACAGACCUCAGACCGACAGACUUCAGACCGACAGACUUCGGACCGACAGACUUCGGACAGACAGACUUCAGACCGACAGACCGACAGACCUCAGACCGACAGACUUCAGACCGACAGACUUCGGACAGACAGACUUCAGACCGACAGACUUCAGACCGAAAGACUUCAGACCGACAGACCUCAGACCGACAGACUUCAGACCGACAGACUUCGGACCGACAGACUUCAGACCGACAGACCUCAGACCGACCAACUUCAGACCGACAGACCUCAGACCGACCAACUUCAGACCGACAGACUUCAGACCGACAGACCUCAGACCGACAGACUUCAAACCGACAGACUUCAGACCGACAGACUUCAGACCGAAAGACCUCAGACCGACCGACUUCAGACCGACAGACCUCAGACCGACCGACUUCAGACCGACAGACUUCAGACCGACAGACUUUAGACCGACAGACUUCAGACCGACAGACCUCAGACCGACAGACCUCAAACUGA